AUGCCAGGUGAGCCACCCAAAAUGAUCAUCACUGAUCAAGAUGCAGCCAUGUCAAAGGCAAUUGCUUUAACUCUCCCAACAACAUUCCACAGAUAUUGCAUAUGGCAUAUCUUGAAUAAGUUUAUGGAGAAACCCGGCAUUGGGGAAUGUUUUUCAGAAAUGUACAAAUGCAUAUGGGGUAUGGACACGAAAGAAGAAUUUGAUGCGAAAUGGGAUGAAAUCGUCACAAGCAAUGGGCUGAAAGACCAUCCGUGGCUGAGCUUGAUUCAUGCUUUGCUGGAGAAUUGGGUUCCAUCAUAUGUAAAACAUGUGUUUUCGGCUGGGAUGUCAAGUAGUCAACGGGCUGAAAGCUGUCAUGCCGAAAGCUGUCAUUCAUUUUUCCAACAAUAUAUUAACCCGAAAAACAUAUUGAUGGAAUUCAUUGUACGUUUUGAAAGAGCUCUUGGUUCACAGAGGCACAAGGAGUUAAUGGCUGAUCAUGUUGAUACCAAUGAAAAACCUCCACUGCCAUUUCGAACACCAAUGCAACAUCAAAUGGCACGCAUUUACACUCGGGAAAUUCUUGAAAUGUUUGAGAGGGAAGACUUCCGAAGCCUUUUAUGCUUGUUCGAACUUUUAGAGCAAGAUGAGACCCAGUGCAGGUACAAAGUAAGUGAGCGGGUAAAUCCGGGGGUGACACGAAUGAAGGAGCUUGUGCAUGAUAAAGAUGCCGAUAAAGCUUAUUGCAGCUGCAAAGAAUUUGAAUUUUGGGGUAUUUCGUGCCGACACAUCCUAGUAUUUUUAAGAAUGAAGCAGGUGGAGCACUUGCCAGACAAUUACAUAUUGAAACGAUGGCUUCAAAGUGCAAAGUGCGGUGUAGUAUAUGGUAAGAAUGACAAAGAAGUUAAAGAUUGCGUGGACGGUUUGGUUUUGGUUAAGAGAUCGAAACUUGGCAAAGUUGCAGGUGAGUUGAUAGAUUCUGCUUUGUUGUGUGAUGAAGGUUUUGAGUUGCUGGAAAAUUCAUUUGACGACAUUCGUGGGAAGCUUACAAGGUUGUUGUCAUCAAGAGCUCGUGUCGAAGAAGAACCCAAUGGAGAGGUUGGAACUAGUUCUUCUGAAGUCAGAAUGAAGGAUCCCCAUCGAGUAAAAGCAAAAGGGCAUGCGAGAAGAGUGAAAGGACAAAAAGAGAAGGCAGCGGAAGGACAUAAACGGCAGUGCAGUGAAUGUAGGAAGACUGAUCAUGAUAGACGGAGUUGUCAAAAACUUGUGAGUGGGUAA